AUGGAGCACUAUAUCAAAGCUAGCGAAAUAAACGUGCCCUGUUUGCCUCCGUUUCCGGCUGAAUUAACGACUGGUACGAAGGAGAUGAUAGUGAAGGAAAAUACUAAAUUCAAAAAUAUUCUCACCUUUGUGGACAAACUUUUUGAGGAUACAAAUUGUCGGUUGGUAAUUUUUAAAGGAGUUGGCGAAGCUACGGCAAAAUGUAUUUCAUGUGUGGAAGUAUUCAAAAGAAAUUACAAGGGUGGGGUGCUGUAUCAAUGGAACAAAAUAGUGUUCACUCGACGAACUGAUUCCUGGUUACCGAUGGUUGAAAGUUUAAGCAAAAUACUCGUUCAUGUAGAUGUUCCAACAGUUUAUAUUUUGAUUUCCAAAGAUCCUUUUCCGGAUGACUGCAUCAAUGAAAGCUCUCAGGACUCAUCUUCUGAAGCAAGAUUUACAUUCGAUAAUGAGGCGAUGUCAAACGGGUUAGGAUCACCUCAAGAAAAACCAAAGCUUCUUCGGACAUUAGGGGUGAACAAAUGGAAUAGACCACUGAAAAAAAACUGUAGGAUACAAAAACAGCAGUUGCUGUCGAAAGAUAAAUCAUGA